CAUACUUACCUUGAAGGCACAGGCUCCCUCACGUACCUGGGCUUGUGGGCCAUGGGGACCUUCCAUAGCACGGCGACCCUGUCCCCAGAGGGUACCUGUGGUUUGUAUGUGCCUCUGGUGCAUGCACUUUCUAAAUAUUUGGCUUGUUCCACCUCGGCCACUCUGGCUGGGUGGGCCUUAUUUUUUGCCGGUCUGCAGUGCUAA